AGCGACAACAGUGACAACAGAAACAACGUUGACAAUGACAACAGUGACAACAGCGACAACAGUGACAACAACAACGGUGACAACAGUGACAGUGACAACAUCAACAAUAGUGACAACGACAACGGUGACAACAGCGAGGACAGUGAGAACGGUGACAACAGCGACAACAGCGACAACGGUGACAACAGCAACAACAGUGACAACGGUGACAACAGCGACAACGGUGACAACGACAACAGCGACAACAGUAACAACGACAACGGUGACAACAGCGACAACCGUGACAACAGUGACAACAGCGACAACGUUGACAACGACAACGGCAACGACAGUGACAAGAGCGACAACAGUGACAACGACAACAGUGACAUUAGAGACAACAGUGACAACAGAGACAACAGUGACAACGGUGACAACAGCGACAACAGUAACAACGGUGACAACAGCGACAACAGUGACAACGACAACAGUAACAUUAGAGACAACAGUGACAACAGAGACAACAGUGACAACGGUGACAACAGCGACAACAGUGACAACGACAACAGUGACAAUAGAGACAACAGUGACAACAGAGACAACAGUGACAACAGAGACAACAGUGACAACGGUGACAACAGCGUCAACAGUGACAACAGUGACAACAGUGACAACAUCGACAACGCUUACAACGACAACAGCGACAGCAGUGACAACAGUGAAAACAGUGAAAACGGUGACAACAGCGACAACGGUAACAAUAACAACAGUGACAAUGGUGACGACAGCGACAACAGUGACAACGACAACGGUGACAACAGUGACAACCGCGACAACAGUGUCAAUGAGAGCAGCGAAAACAGCAACAACCUGGACAAUGACAACAGUGACAACAACGACAACGUUGACAACAGCGACAAGAAUGACAACGACAACAGCGUCAACGGUGACAACAGCGACAAUGGUGACAACGACAACAGCGAUAACAUUGACAACGACAACACUGACAACAGUGACAACGACUACAGUGACAACAACAACAUCGACAACGGUGACAACAGCGACAACGGUGACAAUGACAACAGCGACAACAGCGACAACAGUGACAACAGCGACAACAGUGACAACGACAACAGCGACAACAGUGACAACGGUGACAACAGCGUUAACAGUGACAACGGUGACAACAGCAACAGUGACAACGACGACAGUGACAACGACAACGGUGACAACAGCGACAACAGUGACCACGGUGACAACAGCGACAACGGUGACAACGAUAACCGUGACAACAAUGACAACAGUGAUAACAGCGACAACAGUGACAACAGCGACAACAGUGACAACAGCGACAACAGUGACAGCAGUAACAACGGCGUUAACAGUGACAACAGCGACAAUGGUGACAACGACAACAGCGAGAAGAGUGACAACGACCACGGUGUUAACAGUGACAACAACAACGACAGUGACAACAGCGACAACAGUGACAACAGUGACAUCAAAACAGUGACAACAACAAGAACCGGGAUAACAGUGACAAUAGUGUUAACAGUAACAACAGCGACAACAGUGACAACGACAACCACAACAACAGUGACAAUAGCGACAAAAGUGACAACAGCGACAUUAGUGACAAAAGCGACAACAGUGACAAUGGCGACAACAGUGUCAAUGACAACAGUGACAGCAGCAAAAACAGUGAUAACAGCGACCAGCAAAAACAGGGAUAACAGCAUCUACCAUGACAACAGUGACAACCGCAAGAACAGCGACAAUGGUGACAACGGUUACAACAGCGACAACGGUGACAACGACAACAGUGAAAACAGUGACAACAGCGACAACAGUGACAACAGUGAAAACAGCGACAACAGCGACAACAGCGACAACGGUGACAACGGCAACAGUGACAAUGGUGACUACGAUAACACUGGCAACAGUGAUAACCACAACAGCGACAACGGUGACAAUGACAACAGCGAAAACAGCGACAAUGACAACAGCGACAACAGGGACAACAGUGAGAACAGUGAAAACAGCAACAACAGUGACAACAGUGACAAUGACAACAGCAACAAUAGUGACAACGACAACACUGACAACAAUGAUAACCACAACAGCGGCAACAGUGACAACAACAACAGUGACAACAGCGACAACGGUAACAACAGCGACAACUGUGAAAACGACAAAAGCGACAACAGUAAGAACAGUGACAACAGCAUUAACAGUGACAACAGCGACAACGGUGACAACGACAACAGUGACAACAGCGACAACGACAACAGUGACAACGACAACCACAACAACAGUGACAACAGCGACAACUGUGACAACAGUGAAAACGACAACAGUGACAAUAGUGACAACAGUGACAACAGUGACAACAGCGACAUCAGUGACAACAGCGACAACAGUGACAAUGGUGACAACAGUGUCAAUGACAACAGUGACAGCAGCGAGAACAGUGAUAACACCGACCAGCGACAACAGUGAUAACAGCAUCUACUGUGACAACAGUGACAACCGCAAGAACAGCGACAACAGUGGCAACAGCGACAACGGUGACACUAGCGCAAACAGUGACAACAGUGACAACGGCGAUAACAGCGACAACAAUGAUGACCGUCAAAACAGCGACAAUAGCGACAACAGCGACAACAGAGCCAACAGUGACAAGAGCGGCAACAGUGACAACCAUCAGUGACAACAGUGAUAACAGCAACAACAGCUGUAACAGUGACAACAGCGACAACACUGACAACAGUGACAACGAAACUAGUGACAACAGCGACAACAGUGACAACGGCGACGUUAGUGACAACGACAACAGCGACAAUAGCGACAACAGCGAUGACAGUGAAGACAGUGACAAUAGCGACAACAUUGACAACAGUGACAACAGCGACAACAAUGACAACAGUGACAACAGCGACAACAGUGACAACAGCAACAUUGGCGACAACAGG